UACUCUAGCAUUUUCAUCCUCCACACACACCUUCAUAAUCCUUCUCUUCAAACCUUAAACACUUCCCAUUUGUGCCUUACCUUUACUUUCCACUUCCUACCUUGAAAAGCAAUGGCAGAUGCAAUUCUCUCCGGCAUUGCUGUGGAAAUCAUUAAGAAGCUGGGUUCUCAAGUUCUUCAAGAGACUAGGCUCUGGUGGGGUGUCAAAGAGGAGCUUGAGAAACUCGGGGGGACAGUUUCAACAAUCCAAGCUGUGCUUCUUGAUGCAGAGGAGCAGUAUUCGCAGAGUCAUCAAGUCAAAGAUUGGGUUGACUCACUAAAAGAAGCAUUUUAUGAUGCAGAUGACUUGUUAGAUGAGUUCUCCACAGAUGUUUUAUUGAAGCAGAUGAUGACUGGCAAUAAAAUGGUGAAGGAGGUAUGCCUUUUCUUUUCAAGCUCAAACCCAUUUGUUUAUGAUCUUAAAAUGGCUCACAAGAUUGAAAAAGUUAGAAGUAAAUUAGAUGAGAUUGCUGCAAAUAAGAAGUUUCACUUAGAUAAGCUUCCUGAGAAGACAUUUCCUAUGAGUGGGGAAAGAGAGCAAACUCACUCAUCUUUACCUCCAGUAGUUGUUGGUAGAGAAGAUGAUAAGAAGAAAAUCAUUGAUUUUCUUCUGUCUUCUAGUCAUGGGGAGAAUGUGUCAAUCAUUUCCAUUGUGGGUUUUGGAGGCUUAGGAAAGACAACACUUGCUCAACUUGCAUACAAUGAUGUGGUGGUGAAAUCAAAUUUUGAGCUCAAAAUGUGGGUGUGCAUUUCUGAUAAUUUUGAAGUUAAAAUAAUUGUUGAAAAGAUUUUGGAGUCUCUUGAUGGUGAGAAGCCUAAAAAUCUUGAAAUGAAUACCUUGAAAGAUCGUCUUCAUAAGAAAAUUAAUGAAAAAAAAUAUUUACUUGUUUUGGAUGAUUUAUGGAAUGAGGAUUCUGAAAAAUGGUUUAAGUUGAAGGAUUUGUUAGUUGGAAGUGGAAGUGGAAGCAAAAUAAUAGUGACUACACGUCUUAAAAAUGUUGCAGAAAUGAUAGGAUCAACAAAAACACAUGACUUACAAGGCCUACCUGUUGAUGAUUCAUGGUCUUUAUUUGCAAAUAUGGCUUUUAAACAAGGGGAAGUUAUUAGCCUAGACCAUGAGAGAAUUGGAAAAGAAAUUGUUGCAAAAUGUGUUAGAGUCACUUUAGCCAUAAUAGUAAUAGGUCGUUUAUUGUAUUCUAAAAAUACAAUAAAGGAAUGGCAAAACUUUAAAGAAAAAGAGCAUCCAAAUAUGAAUGAAGAGGGGAAUAGUAUUAUUCAAACUCUCAGAUUGAGUUAUAAUCAUCUGCCUUCUCAUUUAAAGUGUUGUUUUGCUUAUUGCAAAUCAUAUCCAAAAGAUUAUAAAAUUAACGUCCCAUAUUUGGUGAACGUUUGGGUGGCACAAGGAUUUAUUAAAUCAUCAAAUUCAGAACAAAGCCUUCAAGAUGUAGGUUUAAAAUAUUUCAAGGAUCUUUCAUGGAGAUCCUUCUUUCAAGAAGUAGAAGAAGAUGAGUUGGGCAAUUUAUGGAGUUGUAAAAUGCAUGAUUCGAUGCAUGAUCUUGCCGCGCAAGUAGCAGAAGAUGAAAUCAUUUUGUUGAAUUCAGAUGCAAAGCGUGUUGGAAAAAAAACUCGACAUUUAUCAAUUAAUUUUGAAGUUGAGUCAUGGCAAAAAGUUGCAAAUUGCUUACCUAAUGUGUCAAAGGUGAGAACAUUUAUAUCAUUUAGUUGGUCAAAAAAUCAUGAUAUUAAAGAAGUAGAAUGUGAUGAAAUUUUUUCCAAAUUAAGUCGUGUAAGGGUAUUGGAUUUAAGUGGUUUAGGAAUUAUGAGAGUGCCACGUUCCAUUGAUAAAUUGAAGCACUUAAGGUUUCUUGACCUUUCUAAUAACAAAGGCAUUGAAUUCCUUCUUGAUUCCAUUAUUAAACUCCAAAACCUACAAACUCUGUACCUAAACAACUGUGAAAGGCUUAAGCAGUUGCCUAAGCACAUUAAAAAGUUGGUCAGUCUCCAAAACCUUUACCUUCAGGGAUGUGUUGGUUUGACUCAUAUGCCACGUGGGAUUGGUCAACUAACUGCCCUUGAGAAUUUAUCGGUAUUCAUGGUGGCCAAAGAUAUGGGUGUCUCCAAACGUAGCGGUGGACUAGGUGAAUUACGUGACUUGAACAAGCUGGGAGGAAAUCUAGAGAUCAUGAAUCUACGGUAUGUGAAAAAUCCAGCAUCUGAAUUUGAGGCAGCCAAUUUGAAGGAGAAGCAACGCCUUCAAUCCUUGACAUUAUCAUGGAAAUUGGGCUUUCGCUAUGAUAAUAAUAGUGAUGGUGGUCCAGAUGAUGUCGAAAAUGAUGAAGAAAUGUCAUUAGAAGAGCUGCGGCCACACAUUAAUCUAAAAUGGUUGAUUGUGUCUGGGUGCGGAAGACUCUUGUUUCCAAGCUGGAUUUCUUCCCUCACUAAUUUGGUGGGACUUCGAAUUGAUAACUGCAAAAAAUGCCAGCAUUUUCCACCGUUGGAUCAGUUCCCUUCACUUAAACGCUUGACGAUUAAGAAUUUAACUGAUCUGGAGUACAUAGAGAGUGGGAUUAGUUGCGACGAUGCAUUAUUGUUCCCUUCCUUAGAGAGUCUCCGGCUCUUAAAUUGCACAAAUCUGAAGGGAUGGAGGAGGGAUACAUCCACGCCUCAGUUGCUACAAUUUCACUGUCUUUAUUAUUUGGAAAUCAAGUCUUGCCCUAACCUCACUUCAAUGCCUCUCAUUCCAUCUGUCCAACAUUUGGUAUUGAUAAAUGCCAGCAAGAAGGCAUUGGAGGACAAGCUGAAGAUGAAGAUUUCGGUGUCACAAUCUAACUCUUGUUGUUCUUCGGUUUCCCCUUCUCAAUUGAAAAUUCUGCAGAUCGAGAACAUUGAGGAUCUAGAAGUUCUGCCGGAGGAUUUGUGGCAUCUACCCUCCCUUGAGGGUCUUCUCAUCAAGGCUUGUGAGGAGCUCGAUUUGUCUGAUGAUAUACAAUGGCAGUACCUUAGAAGGCUCUGAGUGCUUCAAUUGGUAAAUUUGAACAAAUUGGCGUCCAUCCCAAAGGGUCUUCAACAUGUUCCCACUCUGCGAAAACUCACGAUCCAAAAUUGUCCUAAUUUGAUAUCUUUACCGGAGUGGAUGGGAAGCCUCACCGCAUUAUGGAUUGAAGAAUGUCCUCAACUUUUGGAAAGAUGCAAAAGCAACAUUUGUGUUGAUUGGCCCAAAAUUGCUCACAUCCCAAAUAUUAGUAUUGACGAUAGAUGGAUUCAAGUGAAUGGCUGCUACAAACUAUGAUGAGAAGAAUCAGAUCAACUUCUUUUAGGGUAUGUGCUUAUCCCCUUCAAUAGACAUUAUUUUUCUUUACCCUAUCUUAGAAGCGGACACAAGUUUUUGUCAUUAAAGUUCUUGGAUUCUCAUGUGUAUUUUUAUAUUGACAAAUAUCUUGCAAUAUUAUUGCUUAAAUCUCAGAGCAGUUGUUCAUAGAUGUUAAAGAAUUGGUGUGUAACCAUGACAAUUGUUGGAUGUACUGCUACCGCUUCUGAAUUUCAGAACUGGGAUUCAUUGAGUCACUUCAUAUAUGAAAUUUCGAUGAAGGGCAUUGUCAUUGAUCAACUUGUCUUCACAUUCCUUUUUUAAGUUAAUUAACAGCUUGCCUUAAUUCUUUUGCACUUACCAAUUUGUUAACAAUUAUUCACUCUUGGUUAUAAACUUAAUUUUGUAAUUUUGUUUUCUUGAUUCUGUGGUUUUAACUGGAGUUGCUAACAUGAAGAAGUCCCACAAUCCCUUGUAGCUGGUCAUUGCCUUAGUUAAUAAAAUGAUGAAACUCCCUAUAUUCAAAUUUGGAGUUCAAACAUGAUUUGUUGGUCUCUAAAUGUAAUCUUCUUGUUCAUUAUGAAUUUGAUGUCUUUACCUCUGUGGAUGCCCAAACUCACCUCAAAGCAGUUGUUCAUAGAUGUUGAUGUUGACAAUUGGAUGGGAAUCAUUGUGAUGAAGGUCAUUGUCAUCUAAACUGCUUAAUGCAGAGAUGGAAAAAGCAAAAUGAUAUUCAACAACAUUUUCUUCCAAUCUAAUUCACACGUUCGAUCGCACAGCG